GUAGGCCCAGGGGGUGGGGCAAUAAUGGAAGGAGGGGGCGGGGGCACAUCGACUGAGUCCGGUAGAAGACCAGUCACCACUAGGACUAAUAGCCGGCUCUACGAAGUUCAACCUAAUUCACCUGUGUUUUAAUCACGAGAACUCGAGUUUAACAUAAAUCAUGGCUGUGAAUACAGGUACUUCUCUAGUGCUGUCCAGUCUGCUGUCAGUGCUGGUGUUUGCUGGGAUGCAGAUGUUCAGUAAACAGCUGGGAUCAACUGAGUGGCUCACCAUCCUGGGAGGUUUCCUCGGCUCAGUCCUCUUCAUCUGCUCCCUCACUGCAUUUAAUAAUCUGGAAAACCUGAUUUUUGGGAAGGGAUUCCAAGCCAAGAUUUUCCCAGAAAUUCUGUUGUGCCUGUUCCUGUCACUGUUUGCCUCUGGUCUGGUGCACCGUGUCUGUGUCACCACAUGCUUGAUAUUCUCCCUCUUCGCCCUGUACUACAUCAACAAAGUAUCUGCUGCCCUCUACCAAGCACCUGUUCCUGCAGUCACGCCAGCUAAGGCUGCCAGCAAGGGCAAGAGGAAGAAUUGAUGCAUCCACUCAACCAGUCAACAUUAUCCAGGUGCUGAUGGUCAUUGCAGUACAACUGUGGCAUAUUUUUGGAACAAUACCUUCUUAAAUACACAACCCAUAGGUUGUAUCCUUCAACUACUUUUUCUAAAUUUGCUUUGGAAAUAUUUCAUGAGGAAUGGUGAUUUCACAGGCUACAUGGACUUUACACCAGAUGUCAUACUAUGUUUUUAGUUUUUUUUCCUUUUUUCUUUUUCUUUUUCUUUUUUUUUUUUUUUUUUUACAGGGACUUUGAAUUUGAUUCACAAAAUUCUGUCCCAGUAGACAUGAAGCCAUGCAGGUUGCUGAACAACUCUUCCUACAUUCCAUUCAAGCCAUUUUCCUCAGCACUCUUUUUAAUCUGGUUGCAAAGAGAUUAGAACAUCAUGUCACCUGUACAUUGAUCAGCACUUCGAGUUGCUUUUUUUGUUUAAUUCAUUUUGUAAUUAAACUUUGUGAAACACU